GCUUAAUUAAAAGAGGCUAAAAUUGCCUAACGUUCACUGGAGCGUUGGAAUAAAAUGACGCGUCUUUUACCUCCUUGUAUGGGUUCCGAGUCUCAGGGUACGCACAGCAUAGCCUACCACAACCAUGUCAACCUCCCCCCGUCCACGUCAUCCCGCCCGAGUCCCAGCCCAGCUUCGAUACGCGUCACAAAGGGAUGUGAUAACUUUCCACCGGACCAGAAAGAAUUUAAAACCAACAACAACCAUCAUCUUCUUAUUCUCGAAGUUCUCGUGCCAUCACAGCAUUAGCCAUCUCUCAUGGUUGCGUUUAUCCUCUGAUCACGCCCGUUGAAUUGUUUUGGACCCCCCGUCGUCGUCUUUUUUUUCUUUUUUUUCUCUCCCACCGAGGAAUAUGGCUCCAGUGCCAGUAUUAGAUGGUUCCUUUACUGAACAUCCAAUUCGCAGUGCUACGGCGGUCGUAAUCGCCGUGGGCCCAGAAGUUGUUGGACAUACUCGCCGGCUCCUUGCAUCCCGUCGUGACCUGACCGUCGCCAGCGACGCCCAGAAGGUGACCCUGGGCGUCAUCGCAGCCUACGUCGUCGUCAUUGCUAUCUUGUGGAAUGUGCCGUAUGUGCGCUGGUCGCUGUGGCCCUUCAAGAUGCUUGUGAUUGCGUUUCAUGAAUUUGGUCAUGCCGUUACAGCUUGUUGUACAGGCGGGCAUGUUAAAUCUAUCUCGCUCGACCCCCAUGAAGGAGGUGUUACCCACAUGGUCGGAGGAAAGGGCGCUAUCACCCUGCCUGCUGGUUACCUGGGAUCAUCACUCAUCGGCGCCCUGCUUAUCUUCUGCGGCUUUAAUAUCGUUGCAAGCAAGAUCGCCAGUCUGAUACUAGCCGUGUGCUUCCUGUUGACAUUGUGGUGGGGGAAGAAGGACUGGCUGACAAUCUUGACCAUCCUGCUUGCCGUGGGGCUACUUGUGGCCUGCUGGUUCAUCGUCCAUGCCGAACCCCUGAGGUUUGUCGUUUUGUUCAUCGGCGUCAUGAGCUCCCUGUAUAGUGUCUGGGAUAUCUGCGACGAUUUAAUCCUCCGCAAGGUCAACAGCUCUGAUGCCAGCGUAUUCGCUCAACGCUACGGUGGUUCCUCGCAGUGUUGGGGCGUCGUCUGGUCGAUUAUCUCCGUCCUCUUUAUGGCUGCCGGGAUCAUUGCCGGCAUCGCCGCAUUCCCUCAAUCCUUCGCACAGCAGGAAGAGGAUUCCAAGAAUUUCCUGCCGACUCGUUAGUGAGAUACCCCAGUAAUUCAGUUACAGCUAGCAUCAGGAGUUUAGGGGGUUUUGAAUCUUGGUGUUGCGAGUUUCCGAGACCUCGUUUCUUUAGGUCCGACGGCGUACCUGUGUAAUUAUUUAGUUUCCUUAUCUAUAGUAGAUACCCCAUACAACUAAGUGUUCGAGAACAUCAAUCUAGCUUGUCUGGCUCCGUUUAGUCCUCGUCUGCUCUCGUGGUGCGCCUAAUUAAACGUGUAUAGCACAACUUGUCUCCGUGGGCGGAACGGAAGAUGUAAGCAGGAUGAGUAUAAUUUGCGUUUACAGAGUAUU